UUUAUGCUUGAAUUUUGUUUUUUCUUCGAAAUAUCACCAGUUCAUAAGCUCGUGCAUGGAGAAAUCAAUGAAUAAUAAAACCACAUCGACUGGACCAAGUCUUGCAGUAUCCUGGACAAGUUAUAAGGUUUGCCCAAGUGCUCUAAAGUAGAAGAAAUGAAACAAAAGACAUAUAUCAUGUCAAUAUCGUGUCAAUUUCAAGAUUAAACAGUCUACCAAGAGGACUCUGUUACCAUGGCAACUGAUUUUAUUUGAAGGAGAUUGCCAAGAAACAACAAUAAUAUCCAAGAAUAAUGUCUAAGUGGAAUUAAACAAAUACCGUAAGAGCUCAACUGCAUACAAAUGAUGGAAGAUACAUAGAUAGAAAAAUAAACUCAAUUAUAUCAUCGGAAGUUUUUUUAAACUUUUGAAACAGGAUGAACUGAAGUUCAAGAUUAUUAAAAUAAAAUAAGCAUUCCAAAACAAGACUGAAGAACUGAGAGCAAUCAACUUUACAGAAAUGAACUCAUAAUUGAAAACCGUGACCUUAAUGACUAAAUGGGAAAUUACAGAUUAAUCAGUUAAAGUCUCUCUGUGUAAAAGAAUCAUUAAUGGUUUACAGACAUCAAAUUAUUUGACAACAGAUGUGAUUGACAGAUGUGAUUGGCAGCUGUUAUUGGCAGCUGUGACACAUAUUUUCGAAUUAUGAAAUUAUGUAAAAUUUGAAAAUAUAUUCCGAUAUGUGUAGGCUAAUGGACAGGUCCUUUAACAACACAGAACAACUCCUUAAUUUUUAUUGAUUCAAGAAAUUAAUCAAUUAUUAACCCGCUAUGCUGAAGUUAAUAUUGAUUUACUCAUUGAUAAAGAUCUAAAGUGCAACAAUAAUUCAUAUUUAUCAAAAUACCUCAGACACAUUUCAAUAGGACUUAUAAACAAAUCUAAGUACAUGGACAUGAUGGACAUAUCAGUUGAAAGGUUGAAACAGCAUGUGAGUACAUUGAGAUUUAAGUCACAUGCACAUUGAGAAAAAGACUUAAUUAGAUACUCUCCACAUGGGACUCUAUAACUUUACAUGCAAGCCACAUGCACGGUUGAGAAACGGACCUUAUUAGAUACCGGUUUGCUUCGAAUGGAACUCUACCAAGCUGUUAUGUACAAACAUUGGUGCAUGUAUGCAUACACCAUCUGGAUUCUGGACCAGACCGUCAUCCCAUCGAAAUUGUCCUAAGUGCACACUUAUGUCUGAGAGUUGGAUAUUAUAUCGGUGCUAUUAAUAUUUAUUAUAGAAAUAUUUUCUGAGGAACAACAAAAAUCAAUUAUUGUCACUGACUGAUAGACUAGCUGCUGAUUGCUGUAUCGAUACUGGAUAAAACAGUUUAGUUUCACCAUCUGCUGCACAUGAUAGAUGUAUUCACAACAAUAACAUGGACCAGAUUUGGUUUUCUUUGGGAUUGACUGUAUGUAUAGAGGACAGUUCCUGGAACAAAUCAGUAACAGUUUAGUUCAACGAUCUGCUGACAGUAUUCAAUAAAUGUAUCUACAACAAUAACAUUGAGGUCCAAAUGACCAGAUUUCAUCUUCUCCAGGGUAUGUAUGGAGGAUGGAAGAAGUUGCUGAUAUUAUUCACACGUUUUUACUGCAGUGACUAAUGUGUCGACAUUGAUAUCAACAAACUGAAGUGGCAGGUCACAAAAACAAUCCAACCAUUGUAGUAUUAUAUUGGAGUAACUUACUGUUGAUGGAUUGUCAGCCUAACAAACUUUGGGACACAAAAACAUAUAGAUCAAAAUAUAUUGAAAUAACACUCACCUUUUGACUUUUUUAAAGGAAAUACAAAUAUAAAAUUUAUGACAACUCAAAGCUUGACGAGUUCAAGUUCGUGUGAAAAAGGAGUUAUGAGGUUACCAAGGAGAUUGUGUGUUACCAUGGUGUUUGCUGCUGCUGCUGUUAUGUUCAUGUAUUUAAUAUAUUUCAACAAUGAAUUUCUCAUGUCGAAAGUAAGGAAUGAUGAAAUUUCAAGUACCCAUAAUCCUUUGCUGGUUGGUGUCGUAGAUGAAAAUCCAGCAAUUGGGAUAUCCGGACAGUUAGAAUAUGAUCAGCAGCUUGAGGAGUAUAACGACACAAAAUCGUCAAAAUUAAACAUGACAUUGUUAUCUCAUCAUUAUCACAAAGUGCUUAUCCUGACACCUAUUAACAAUGCAGAGAGACAUUUAGGUCAUUAUUUUGAGCUGCUGAACAACUUUUCAUACCCCCAUCAUCUUAUAUCUGUUGCCCUCGGGGAGGAUUCCAGUUACGACGAGACUUUAAAAACGGCUGUUGAGCUAGCUCAGAAAUAUCGCAAAAUAACAAAUUUUCGUAAGAUUGACAUCUAUGAGUUAGAUCAUCAUUGGAAACCGCCGACUAAUGAUCGUCAUGAUUUGUUCAUUCAAGGGCCACGACGUAAUCAUCUUGCCAAGGCGAGAAAUCGCCUUCUCAGCAGCGCCCUCUCUGAUGAGGAUUAUGUACUUUGGAUAGAUUCAGAUGUUAGGGAAAUCCCACCUAACGUCAUGCAAUAUUUAAUCGCUGCUCAAAAAGACGUUGUAGUACCAUCAUGUCUAUAUCGUAAAGGGGAUAAUUCAUUGGAUGAUUAUGAUCGCAACACAUGGCGAGAAACAAACGAAUCUUUAGCUCAUCUUGCCGCUAUGAGUCCCAACCAACUCAUGGUGGAAGGUUAUGCAAGAACACGACGUAGAUACCUCUGGUCGUUGCGCUUUGAAGGUGACGUUGUGCCUAUAGAUGGAGUUGGUGGCUGCGUCUUGAUGAUUCGGGCAGAUUGUCACCGUGAUGGUUUAACAUUCCCUCCUUUUGUAUACAAGCACCACAUUGAAACUGAAGGACUUGCAAAAAUUGCAAAAGAAAUGGGAUUUUCAAUAGCAGGUCUUCCUAGGUUAAAAGUCUUUCAUUGACAAAAAACAUUGUAAUUUUGAAAUAUGGUUGUUUUAAAUCAUGAACUUCCUUACAGUUAUCACCAGUCUACUCUUGUUCAACCAUUGCAAUAGCACAUCAGUCACAAAAGUUAUAAUGCACAUUUGGGAGGAUGAACAUUUGCACGUUUGGGAGAGGGUUAACAUUUGCACAU